CAAUGUUGGGCGGGACUUGACUGUAAUAGCCUCUUCCUAGUUCACAAUGCUGCUUAUGGCUGUUGAAUAUCUUUAAUGCAACAAUAUUAUUCAGCUGUUAAAUCGUAUUGAAUAUCACUGCCGCUGUCCGGGACUCCGUCACGAUGGGUUUGCUGACGAUUUUGAAGAAGAUGAAGCAGAAGGAGCGGGAAAUGCGACUCCUCAUGUUAGGUCUGGACAACGCGGGGAAGACGACCAUCCUGAAGAAGUUUAAUGGAGAGGACGUCAGCACCAUCUCACCAACACUGGGCUUCAACAUCAAAACACUGGAGCACAGAGGGUUUAAAUUGAAUAUUUGGGAUGUAGGGGGUCAGAAGUCCCUGCGCUCUUACUGGAGGAACUACUUUGAGAGCACAGACGGGCUUAUUUGGGUAGUGGACAGCGCAGACAGACUGAGACUAGAGGACUGCAGACAGGAGCUCAGUUCACUGCUGCAGGAAGAGAUGUUAGCUGGUGCAACACUGCUGGUGUUUGCCAACAAACAGGAUUUACCAGGAGCCUUGUCCAAAGAGGCAAUAAAAGAGGUGCUGGCUCUAGAUCAGAUCAAAAGUCAUCACUGGUGUAUCAUCGGGUGCAGUGCGGUGACGGGAGAGAAUCUGUUAGCUGGAGUGGACUGGCUCUUAGAGGAUAUUGCUGCAAGGAUCUUCACCACUGAUUGAAUGUGUCUGAUGUUACAGCAUUGUUGUUUAAUGCUAAAGCCUGUUUCUUUGAUGUGCUCUCUGCUUCAAUUCUCAUGACAUUCAUUUUCAAAGUUACAUAGUGGGGAUACAGUGCAAGUAUGACAACUUGUGACACUAGUUCAUUUAAAUACUAAAGCAGGGUGUUGCAAACAGAAAAGUGAUGGUUCAGUUCCCUUGUCAAACACUGUUCAGAUUUGUUCUGUUCCUAAACCUCUAUUAAAGAUUGAUGCUUUUGAAAAUGUGA